CAGUCUUAUCAACCCGCGCCUCGACGAUCCCUCAACCUUGUAGAUGUCUCAUCUGCCUACAGAAGACACCCUCAUUGCCGCCCAUACCGCGCGCACUCCAAUAGGCUCCCACAAUGUGUGUUCGCACAGUCACCAGUGAACAUGAGGCUCACGAGUCUACCGAGUCCACGAGUCCACGAGUCCACGACCAAGACACCAAGUCUGGGGAAGGUGACUCUGAUUCGGAAUGACGAUUUUCGUGGUGAAAGAGGCGGGUUGGCUGUAUCAUCCAAGGGCAUUUAUAUACAGGCAUGCUUCCCCCGGCAUCGACAUUCCUGGGUCCCAGCAUCAUCCACAUCUCCCGGGACUUGACAGGACUGCCGACUGGCAGCCAUCCUUUUCUCCAUCAUGGUCAAGUCACGCACGAUGAGCCAUACUCAAGAGACCAAACAUGGCCUGUCGCCAAAGAUCUCCCGGUAUGAGAGCAGUGCACAGCCCAACCUAGAGGCGAAAAUCCGUAACCCUCUCGCGGGCAUCCCCAAGGCGCAACUCUUCCGCGACGUCGAAGCAUUCGCCGACAAGCGCGGUCUCAGACAACAUCUCGCCGUGUUGAGAAAGGGCGCCCUUCUCGCGCAGAACGAGACACCAGCUGACGAAAUAUCGGGCAACGAGAAGCUGAGCGACGACGAGCUCACUAUACUGAAUACCGAAGUCAAGCACAAAUGGCACAUACCGUUCCGGCUCUUCCUUACCAUUGCGACAUGCUCCAUCGGCGCGGCCGUCCAGGGAUGGGACCAGACCGGUUCCAAUGGCGCCAGUCUAUUCUUCCCCGGGUACUACGGUAUCGCGGAUGGCUCGACGCGCUCGCGUAUUAUCCUCGGUGUCGUGAACGCGGGUCCCUACCUUGGAAGCGCCUGCAUCGGCUGCUGGCUGUCCGACCCCAUCAAUAGUAUCCUCGGCCGCCGCGGUGUCAUCUUUGUCUCUGCGCACUUCUGUCUAUGGCCAGUUCUUGCCUCUGCCUUUUGCGAGACCUGGGAGCAACAGCUGGCGUGUCGUUUGUUAAUGGGCGUUGGGAUGGGCGUGAAAGCGUCGACGGUGCCGAUCUAUGCUGCUGAGAACUCCCCGGCUGCCAUUCGUGGUGCCCUCGUCAUGUCAUGGCAAAUGUGGACUGCCUUUGGUAUCGCCCUCGGCACAGGCUUCAAUCUCGCCGUCUUCCGCACCGAACACAACUGGCGCUGGAUGCUCGGCGCCCCCUGCCUCCCUGCCAUCCCACUACUCUUCCUCAUCUACCUGUGUCCCGAGUCACCGCGCUGGUACAUGAAGAAGGACCGGUACCCCGAGGCGUGGAAAAGCAUGCGUCUUCUACGCCACUCUGAUCUCCAGGUGGCACGGGACAUUUACUACAUCUCUGCCCGGCUCGAGAUCGAGAAACAGCUCGCAGGCACGACAACGUAUCCUCAACGAUUUCAGCAGCUUUUCGUUGUCCCUCGUAUUCGGAGAGCAACCCUCGCUGCGUUCACGGUCAUGCUUGCACAGCAAAUGUGUGGCAUCAACAUCAUUGCCUUCUAUUCGACAUCCAUCUUCCAAGAGGCGGGCCUGAGCAGUUUCCUGGCCAUGGUGGGUUCGUUCGGCUGGGGCAUGGUUAACUGGCUGUUCGCCUUUCCUGCGUUCUGGACAAUCGACACGUUUGGACGCCGUAACCUUCUCCUGUUCACGUUCCCCCAGAUGUUCUGGACGCUCCUUGGAGCUGGCCUGUGCACCCUCAUCUCGCGGGAAGGGUCCAUAGGUGAUAUCCGCAACGGCCUCAUCUGCUUAUUUGUCUUUCUGUUCGGUGCUUUUUAUGCGCCUGGCGAGGGCCCUGUGCCAUUCGCCUACUCAGCCGAGGUGUUCCCUUUGUCGCAUCGCGAGGCAGGCAUGGCGUUUUCCGUGUCUACCUGUCUAGGCUGGGCGGGUGUCUUGGGCAUAACCUUCCCUUUCCUGCUCGAGCGCGCAGGCGCCAUUGGUGCCUUUGGCAUGUACGCUGGGUUGAAUCUCUUGGCAUUUAUCAUGAUCUUCCUGUGGGUGCCAGAGACGAAGCAGCUCUCGUUGGAAGAGUUGGACGGGGUGUUCAAUGUACCCACGAGGUCCUUCAUGAGAUACCAGUGUGGGACUAUUGCGUCUUGGUUUGUGAAGCGCUAUUUGCUCUUUGGAUGGGUGGGCAGCAAGGAGGAUGCGUGUCCGGCGCUGGAAAAGGAAGAUGAGGAAGGGAUAUGCAUGAUACCAAUGUCGGACAGCAGGACCUCAAUCUUGAGAAGAGCAGCUGCCCAUGGGGUUUCGAGGGCGUAGCGAUGUUAGGAUUUGACCAUGGUAUUCAAUCAUGGUGACUACAAGACUGCAUGACUGGUUCCUUUUGCAUGUUUUGAUCUCUGUUGACUUUAGACAGUGACAUGGGGAUUUAACUACUGUUUGGCACCGUU